UUCAGUCUGAAGCCGAGACAAAGACAGUGCGAGCUUGUCUCUCUAUUCUACAACAUCCACACCCUCUCGGCAGCACUAAGCACUCUGAUAUCACUGCAACAGCCCCCCAGUCACUCCGCACCAUCAACCUGUUUCUGAGUUUGUAACCAUGGAGCUGGACUUUGGACACUUCGAUGAACGGGACAAAAGCUCCCGAACCUCCCGAGGGUCCCGCAUGAAUGGGCUGCCGAGCCCCACCCACAGCGCCCACUGCAGCUUUUACCGCACGCGCACCCUGCAGACCCUCAGCAACGAGAAGAAAGCCAAGAAGGUGCGCUUCUACCGCAACGGGGACCGCUACUUCAAGGGCAUUGUGUACGCCGUGGCUACUGACCGCUUCCGCACCUUCGACGGGCUGCUGGCUGACCUGACCCGCUCCCUGUCCGACCACAUCAAUCUGCCGCAGGGCGUCCGCUUCAUCUUCAGCAUCGACGGCACCACCAAGAUCACUUCCAUGGACGAGCUGGAGGAAGGGGAGAGUUACGUGUGUGCGUCCGAAAACUACUUCAAAAAGGUUGACUACACCAGGAAUGUCAACCCCAACUGGUCGGUGAAUGUCAAGGCCUCUGCCGCUACUCAGAAAGGCCUGCAGUCGCUGGCCAGCGGGAAGGGCAGCGAGAUGAAGGAGAGCAAGGACUUUGUGAGGCCCAAGCUGGUAACAGUGAUGCGGAGCGGGGUGAAGCCGCGCAAGGCCGUGCGGGUCCUUCUCAACAAGAAGACGGCUCACUCCUUCGAGCAGGUCCUCACAGACAUCACAGAGGCCAUCAAGCUGGAGAGUGGAGUGGUCAAGAGGAUCUACACCCUUGAUGGCAAACAGGUGACAUGCCUUCAAGACUUCUUCGGGGAUGAUGAUGUCUUUAUUGCGUGUGGGCCAGAAAAGUUUCGUUACGCCCAAGAUGACUUUUCCCUGGAUGAGAAUGCACACUUUUCCCCGGGGGGAACCAAACCCAAAACACCCCAGGGGGGUUAUAACCAAGAAUGCCGAGUGAUGAAAGGAAGCACUUCGAAAGGAGGCCCAUCCCAGAGAAGCUCAGCUAAGAGUCCCGGACCCACACGACGCAGCAAGUCUCCAGCUGAAUCCACCAAUGGCACCUCCAGCAGCCAGCUGUCCACCCCCAUUUCAAAGCAAUCUCCCAUCUCAACACCCACCAGCCCCGGCAGCCUUCGCAAACACAAGGACCUGUAUCUCCCUCUCUCAUUGGAUGACUCCGACUCGCUGGGCGACUCGAUGUAAUUAAGAAGCGAACUUAAGCUACUGAAACAGAAAAAAUAGCAAAAAAAAAAAAUAAAAAAUCAUAAAGUCAAGUUCCGAUCUGUCCUGCUAAUCACAGUGAGUCCUGUGAUGCUUUGACUUUGAAAACACCAAAAUUAAAUAUAAAGCAGAUUUUCUGUGGUGCUUUAACUACACAAAAAUGAAGGAUAAAGCAGAUGUUUCUUUGUGGUUUGUCCUUGUGUGUCACACACUGAGACCGUCUGGCUACAGUAAUGCUGCUUGUGAAGUAAUUAGCUGCUGAGAAUUCAUUCACAUUAAUUGGAGUUCUUCACAGGAUCCAGCUGCAGCUUUACAUGUGCUGUGUGAGCCCUGAGCCGAUUCAGCUAACUCUUUCAUAUGCCAUUUAAUUCAGCUCUGAGGGGAAUCUGAACUUCGAUUUCACAUUGUUAUUUAAACUUUAUUAAGAUUGAACUAGGCAGAUGUGUAAAAAAAACAAAAAACAACAAAAAAAACAACAUUCAUUUUGAAAGUACUUUAUAAAAUAUAAUUGCUCCUUCCACUCAAAUUAUCAUUCCAUUUUUAUUUUUAUUGUUUUAAUUAUUCAUAGUUGUCCUUUUAAAAAUAAGAAACCUGUGUUUUGCCAAAUUAAUAAAAAAUGAAUUCUUGGCAGCAAACAUAUAAAAGGUGUAGUAGGUUGACUUGGGGAGUUUUGUUGCCAAUACUGUAUACCAUAUUCCUAUUUUUGCUUGUAUGACAUUAAAACUAAUGAAGGCCCAGAUAAUAUUAUAUAUCUCGGCAACUCAACUGUAAAUAUUAUUUUUAUUUUUCUUGAUUUUAAUUUAAAAGGGCAGGGAUUUCUCUGAAGAAAAAAUUAAAUACCUGCACAGGUCGAUAACAAUGACUGUACAUGAGUCUGUCUCAUUAAAUUUCAAGCUUUCCAUUUUGGAGAUAAUGGAAUGUACACAAUGAGAAAAGAGAGAGACAGAGAGAGAGAGAGAGAAGAUUGAAACCAGCAGGGGGAUGAAAGCUUCUGCAAUAGUUAGGAAUGGGCAAGUAAAAAGCAAUCAAAAGCUGGACCAUGAAUUUAAUGAGGAGUGAAAGGUGUUGUUAAAAAGACAGUCGCCACUAGCUAGUGAGUGAAACCAAAGUGCUUUGGUUGAGAAGUUGUGCUGUGGUCUUUAAACACACACUUUAAAGAUAGAGUAACACUUUACAUUAAGUGUCUCUAAUUUCUGUGUUUUUACACA